AUGGAGAAUAAGGAGGAGAAGAAGGUGGAGGAGAAGAAGGUAAACAUUAAGGAGGAGGAGAAUAAGAAGAAGGUGGAGAAGAAGGAGGAGAAGGUGGAGAAGGAGGAGAAGAAAGAGGAGGAGAAUGAGGAGGUCGAGAUGAAGGAGGAGAAGGUGGUGGAGGAGCAGAAGGAGGAGGAGAAGGUGGAGAAGAAGGAGGAGAAGCUCCAGCGAGCUCUGGAAUCGGAGCUCUCCUCCGGGCCCAGGCCUCCUCUCCCUGACCCCGCCUUCAACAGGAGGUGCAGCCUGCUCCUCAGCGACGUUCAGUACAGAGGAAGCGUGAAGAAGGACUCCUCCUCCUCCUCUCUUUACUCUCUGCUGCCUCAAACCAACGAGACUCAGUUUGUCAAGGAGCUGACGGAGAUCCAGAGUCAGAACAAGUACACAGAGGAAGGGAAGAAGGAGAUGAGGAGCAGCUUGUUCUCUCAGCUCCCCGAAACCAUCGAGCUGCAGCGGGCCAAGGCCCUGCAGCAGGUCCAGAGCCAGAACCAGUACACGGAGGACGCCAGGAGGAAGGCCUCCAUCUCUCUCUACUCUCAACUCGCCGACGCUCCAGAAAUCCAACACGCUGUGGAGAUGUCUCAGAUGCACAGCCAGGUGAACUAUCGGCCCAAGGUGCUGGUGAAGGGAGCGCCCUCCUCGCUCUACUCUCAGCUGCCUGACACCACGGAGACCCAGUUCAACAGAGAGCUGACGGAGAUGCAGAGCGAGAUGAGGUACAAGCGGAGGACACCGGAGCGCUCUCUGUACUCCACUCUGCCGGAGACUCUGGACACGCUGCACGCCAAACGGGCGUCUGAGCUGCAGAGUCAGCUGAGGUACAAGGAGAAGCCGAGCGGCGCCGCUCUGUUCCAGCGGCUGCCGGAGACGCCGGAGACGGCCCGCGCCCGGGAGGCCUCGGAGCGGCUCAGCCAGGUGAAGUACAAAGAGGAGGGGAAGAAGGAGAUGAGCGUCAGCCUGUACUCGCUGCUGCCGGAGACCAUCGACACGCGGCACGCCAGAGAGGCGGCGCACCUGCAGAGCCAGGUGAAGUAUAAAGACGCCGUGAGGCAGCAGAGCCAGAGCAGUUUGUACCAUCAGCUCUCGGAGACCACGGAGACUCAGCGGGCCAAGCAGCAGUCUGAGCUGCAGAGCCAGAACAAGUACCAGGAGGCGGGGAAGAGGGAGGCGAGCGCGCCUCUGUACUCGCUGCUGCCUCACACCAUGGAGACGCUGCACGCCAAGGACGCCGCCCGGCUGCUCAGCGAGGUUAAAUACAAAGAGAGCGCCAAGAAGGAGGCGGCCGGCUCGCUCUACUCCACGCUGGCCGACACGUCUCAGACCAGCUUCGCCAGAGAGAUGACCAACAUGCAGAGCGAGAACAAGUACAAGGAGGACGGGAGGAGGAGCCUUCCUCAGAGCUUCUACUCUCAGCUCCCGGAGACGCUCGACACCCAGUUCAACAGAGAGGUGACGGAGCUGCAGAGCCAGAUGAAGUACAAAGAAGCAGGAAAGAGAGACUCCAGCUCUCUGUUCUCCGUUCUACCAGAAACUCUGGAGACGCAACAUGCCAGAGAGGCCUCCCUGCUGCAGAGUGAGCUGAAGUACAAGCAGAGAUCAAAGGGCGACGCCCCCAGCCUGUUCCACCUGAUGCCGGAGACCCUGGACACGCAGUUCGCCCGGCAGCAGACGGAGAUGCAGAGCGAGGUCAAGUACAAGGAGGACGGGAAGAAGGAGAUGAGCGUCACCCUGUUCUCCCUGCUGCCCGACACCCUCCACUCCCAGCAUGCAAAGGGGCUGACCGACAUGCAGAGCCAGGCCAAGUACAAGGAGGCCGGCAGGAAGCAGGCGUCCACGCCGCUGUACCACCGGCUGCCCGAGACCCUGGAGACGCAGCACGCCAAGGAGGCCUCGCAGCUGCAGAGCCAGGUGGUCUACAAGGAGGCUGUGAAGAAGGAGCUGCCGUGUCCGGUCUACCACCAGCUGGCCGACACCCCGGAGACGCAGCUCGCCCGCGAGCUCACGGACAUGCAGAGCCAGAACAAGUACAAGGAGGAGGGGCUGAGGAGCGCCUCUCAGAGUUUUUACUCUCAGCUUCCUCAAACCGCCGAGACGCAGUUUGCCCAGAGCGUCUCUGAGCUGCAGAGCGAGGUGAAGUACCGGACGUCGGGGCGCCGGGCCGCCGGCGGCUGUCUGCACUCGGUGCUGCCGGAGACUCUGGAGACCCAGCACGCCCGACAGGCCUCCCAGAUCCAGAGCCAGGUGAAGUACAGAGACCCCGUGCAGCAGCCCAGCAGCAGGUUCUCCGGCCCGCCUCAGACCCUCCAGACGGAGCUCGCCAAGGAGGCCACGGAGCUCCAGAGUCAGGUGAAAUACAGAGCGGAGGCGAAGAAGGAGGCGUCCUCCUCGCUCUACCACCUCCUCCCCGAGACGGCCGAGACGCACUUCGCCAGACGGAUGUCGGAGCUCCAGAGCGAGAACAAGUACAAGCAGGACAAAGAGGAGCUGCCCAACUCGCUGUUCUCUCUGCUGCCGGAGACGCUGACCACGCAGUUUGUGAAGGAGAUGAAGGAGACGCACAGCCAGGUGAAGUACAAGCAGGAUGGGAAGCAGCUGACUUCUCUUUACUCCAAACUACCUGAAACUCUGGAGACCAAACACGCUAAAGAAGCAACGGAGCUGCAGAGUGAAAACAAGUACAAAGAUGGAGGACGGAAGGAGAUGACGUUGUCUCUAUACGCCCAGCUGCCCGAAACCCUGGAGACGCAGUUCAACCGAGAGAUGAGCGACAUACAGAGCGCGAACAAAUACAAGGAGAGCAGCAGGAAGCUUCAGGCCACCAGCCUCUACUCUCAGCUCCCUGAGACCAACGACACCCAGUUCACCAGAGAGGUCACCGACAUGCAGAGUGAGGUCAGGUACAAAGCGGCGGGGCGGAGCGACGCGUCCGGCUCGCUGUACUCGAAGCUGCCCGAGACUCUGGACACGCGGCACGCCAAGGAGGCGUCUCGGCUGCAGAGCCAGGUGCGGUACAAGCAGGACGGCCUGAAGGAGGCCGGCGUGUCUCUGUACCACCAGCUCCCCGAGACCACCGACACACAGCUGGCCAAGGAGCAGAGGGACGUGUGCAGCGAGGUGAAGUACCGAGCCGACGGCAGGAAGCAGAGCUCCCUCAACUUGUUCUCGCUGCUCCCCGAGACGCCGGAGACCCGGUUCGCCAAGCGGAUGUCGGAGAUGCAGAGCGAGAACAAGUACAAGCAGGACAAAGAGGAGCUGCCCAACUCGCUGUUCUCUCUGCUGCCGGAGACGCUGACCACGCAGUUUGUGAAGGAGAUGAAGGAGACGCACAGCCAGGUCAAGUACAAGGAGGCAGGAAAGAAGGAGGCGAGCAGUUCUCUGUACCACCAGCUGCCCGAGACCCUGGAGACGCGGCGCGUGAAGGAGGUCACGGGGCUGCAGAGCGAGAACCAGUACAGGCGCAGCGGGCAGCGGGCCGCAGCCUCCAGUCUCUACGCCCGCUUGCCGCAGACGGCCGAGACGCAGCUCGCCGCCAAGAUGUCGGAGCUGCAGAGCGAGAACAAGUACAGGGAGGACGGGCUGAGGAGCCGCCAGCAGAGCGCCUACUCCACGCUGCCGCAGACGGCCGAGACGCAGUUCCACAGAACCGUCUCGGAUCUGCAGAGCGAGGCCAGGUACAAGGAGGCGAGCAGGAAGGAGGCGAGCAGCUGUCUGUACCACCAGCUUCCGGUAACCAUGGAGACGCUGCACGCCAAAGAGGCGACUGAGCUGCAGAGUCAGGUGAAGUACAAGGAGGAGGGGAAGAAGGAGCAGAGCACCAACCUUUACUCCACCCUGCCUCAGACGGAGGAGACCAGGUCGGCUCGAGCCGCCAUGGAGCUGCAGAGUGAGCGUAAAUACAAGCAGAGCGGCGGCCCGGAGACGAGCUGCAGCUUCCAGCGCAUGGCGGAGACCAGAGACACGGCGUUCGUGAAGCACGUGUCGGAGCUGCAGAGCGAGAACAAGUACAAGCAGGACAAAGAGGAGCUGCCCAACUCGCUGUUCUCUCUGCUGCCGGAGACGCUGACCACGCAGUUUGUGAAGGAGAUGAAGGAGACGCACAGCCAGAGUAAAUACAAGGAGGCGAGUAAGAAGGAUCUGGGCAGCUCUCUGUAUUCUGUGCUGUCAGAGACCAAAGACACUCAACAUGCCAGAGAGCAGACCCAGCUGCACAGCGAGAAGGCGUACAGGGAGGAGGGCAAGAAGGAGGCGGGCAGCAGCCUGUACGCCCUGAUGCCCCAAACCAUCCACACGGCGUUCUCCAGAGAGCUGAGCCGGACGCAGAGCGACAAGUCCUAUAAGGAGCAGUACAACCGUGACAAGGGGAAGUCGAGCUUCUCCUCCAUGAGGAGGCUCCCGGAGGUGGACCACGCCAUGGAGGUGGCCAGGAACCAGAGCGAUGUCAGCUACAGGACUCACACAGACCAGCUGCACCGGUACCGCUCAGCCGCCGACCGGCCGGACCUGCUGCACGCCGCCCACGCCACGCGGCUGGCCAGCAGCGUGGCCUAUAAGAGCAGCACCAAUCAGCUUGUGUACAGCGACCGCUCCUUAUUGGACAGAACAGACAUCCAGCACGCCAAGCAGGCCUCAGAGCUGGCCAGCCAGGUGAAGUACAAGGAGAGCUUCGACAGAGAUUUAAAGGGCCAGCGUCCUCAUUACAACCCUCUGGACUGUCUGUCCUUCAAGCACACGCAGGCCGCCGGGGCCCUGGCCAGUCAGGUGAAGUACAGGUCCCCCCAGGAGCCGGGCGGGGGCUCCGCCCUGCCCAACCUGCUGCAGCUGGAGCACCUGCUGCACGCCAGCAAGCUGCAGAGCAACGUGGAGUACAAGAAGAAGUCCAAGGAGGUGAAGGCUCAGUACCACACGGGCACGGUGGAGCAGCUCCUCCACCAGGAGAACGCCCGGCACAGCCAGGUGAAGUACCAGGAGGAGCACAGGAGGAGCAGAGGGAGCUCCCAGAUGGAGUUUGGAGACACUGAGAUGUACAAAGUGUCGAAAGAAGCUCAGAGGAUGCAGAGCGAGAGAGAGUACAGGAGGGACUAUGAGGAGCAGAUUAAAGGUAAAUCCUUGAUGGACGUGGACCAGACCCCCGGAUACCUGACGGCCUGCCACGCCAGCAGCCUGCUGAGCGAGAAGGAGUACCGUAAGGACCCGGAGAGCCAGACGGACCAGCUCAGAGAACACUCCUACGGGACGGUGACAGACACACCUGAGCUGCUGCACGCCGCCUACCUCAAAGACGUCUACAGCCAGAAGAAGUACCGGGGCGAGGCGGAGCUCCUGAAGGGCCGCUGCAGUCUGGGGGCGGAGACUCCGGAGAUGCAGCGCGUGAAGAACAACCAGAGACACAUCAGCUCUCUGCAGUACUGCUGGGACUCGAAGCUGAUGAGAGGCCUCGUGUCUUCAGUCACCGACACGCCGGAGAUCGUCCUCGCCAGAGACAACGCCAAGCGGGUCAGCGAGGUCUGCUACAGGGAGGAAGUGGGUCGUGGCACCGCCGUCACCGACACACCUGAGAUGGAGCGAGUCCGACGUAACCAGGACAACAUCAGCUCGGUGAAGUACAGGCAGAGUUGGGUGAAGACCUCCAGUGUGGGAGUGACUCCAGAACUGGAGCGAGUCCGACAGAACCAGGAGAACAUCAGCUCGGUGAAGUACCAGCGCGGGCUGCGGGAGAUGAAGGCCAGCAGCACCGGGCUGGACACACCUGAGUACCGGCGGGUCAGGAGGUCACAGGACUCCGUCUCCAUGGCCAAGUACCACGAGGACUUCAAGCGUGCGCGCGCUCGCGGCUGCACGCCCGCUCGCGGCUGCACGCCCGGAUUGGACGAGCCCGGCAUGGAGCGCUACCAGAGGGCCAAUCAGACGCUGGCGGAGGCGGGAUAUGGGAAAGGGAUCCGCCCACAAGCGAUGGAGACGGACAGGCGGCCGGGAGGCAUCAUCGUGGACCUGAAGGCGUGGCGGACCGACCCGGGCUCCAUCUUUGACGUGGACCCCCUGGAGGACGAGGUCCAGUCCAAGAGCCUCCGCCGGAUGUCCGAGCGGCUCGAACGCCGGCCGUUCUCCCGGCAGUCCGUCGGCUCGCUGACCUCUGACCUCUGGGACCGCAGCAGCGCCGACACCCCCGCUCCCGUCCUCCCCGGAGCGUACCACCACCAGGGGGCAGUGCAGCAGCACGGCUACAUGCACCAGACCAGCAUGUCGUCCGUGAGAUCCGUCGCCUCCCCCCCGCACGCCGGCGCCUUGCGCGUCUUCCGGGCGCUGUACGACUACGCGGCCCAGGACCACGACGAGGUUUCCUUCCGGGACGGAGACGUCAUCGUCAACGCUCAGCCCAUCGACGAGGGCUGGAUGUACGGCACCGUGCAGCGCACCGGCAAGUCGGGCAUGCUGCCCGCCAACUAUGUGGAGGGCUGCAACUAGAGGAGGAGGAGGAGGCUCCGCCCCCAUGACGUCUGCACUCAGGGAUGUUCUCUGCAUUUCAGAGACGCCACAUCCAGAUGUGUUCAGAUGUUUUGGAGGUUUUUGAGAUCAGGAAACAACAACAAAACAAAAACAAGAAGAAGAAGAAGUAGAAGAAGCAGCAAUAAAACCGUAAAGUCAACCAGCUGGAAAUAGACCAGAAUGCAUUGCAGCUACAGGGACGGGGCUCAAUAAGGGGGGGGGGGCUAGAUGUUUCAUCAUGAACAGCGUCUGGCUGUUAUUGAAAGGCAUUGUGGGAAACAAAAUCAAUCCCCAACUCAAGGAGAAGCUUUCCUUAAAGGGACAGUAGCGCUGCGUCGUAGUGUGUGUGUGUGUGUGAGUGUGUGAGUGUGUGAGUGUGUGUGUGUGUGUGAGUGUGUGAGUGUGUGUGUGUGAGUGGAGUACCACAGCAGAAGUAUGUGAGAGCCCUCAAAGAAUCCAUAUCAGUUUAAAUGAACCGUAUAUUCAGAAUAAGACGCAGAGCGGCUCUCCUCCUCCACUCCGAUGAUCGCCGUCGAUCGCCAUGUUGCGAUGACAUCGUACGUCGAGGUGACGCGUUCCUCGCUUCACGUCGAUACAACUCAUAUUCUUCACUUUUCAUUCGUGUUCACAGCCACACAAGAGGAUCUAAAACAGACUAAUACAAGUAAAUAACGUACGAUCAUAAAACAAGCUGCAGUUAAGAAGCUCCGAGAGGUUGAAUCACUGUGUGUGUCUGUGUGUGUGUGCGUGUGCAUGUGCGUGUGUGUGUGUGUGUGUGUGUGUGUGUGUGUGUGUGUGUGGAGUCUGUUGGGAUGUUAGAGAGGUGAACUUACUCUAAACAUCGGCUCUGAAGUCCUUCUACUGGAGUAGUACUCUCUGGAGAAGUACCUGCAGGGUUGCCAGGUCUGUGUGACAAAACCAGCCCAAUGGCCAAUAAAACCAGCCAAAAAACCAGCCCAAUAUCAGAACUCAAAACAUGCCCGUGCCAAACCAUAUACACUGCUUUUAAAGUCCAUGUCCAUGUGUGUACGUGCUGAUCUGGAGUCAGUUUUGUAGGAUUUGGGUAUAAAUAAAUUAUUUCAUUUAAAAUAUGGAUUUUUAUUUAAAGAUAUUCAUGUAAUUUGCAUGCAAAAUAGGUCUACCCGAACCAGCGGACAAGAAAUUUAACCAGCGGCAACACUUUAAAAGUAGCCCAAUUCCGCGGGAAAACCGCGGACCUGGCAACACUGAGGUACUGUACCUGGUACAACAGCUUUUCAAACCAUCGUUACUGUCCCUUUAAGAAGGAACCGUCGGACAGAGGGACGUUUAAAUCUAGCCGUCGACAACUGACGUCAAAUAUUACAACUAAAGGAGGGAAAGAGGGCAGCGGGAUGAUGGAGAGGGGUCUAGAGUUCCAGUAGGAACCAAUGGGCUUUGAUCCGAGAGCCACAGACAGGAAGUCAGACCGCAUUAAGAGACGGACCGUUUUUUUGUUUUUUGGGACAAUAAGAAAAUAACAUUAACGCACCACUCAUCUUUUAAGGAUGGAGGAGGAUUUAAAAAAGGAGCCGAGGAAAGGAAACAUUAGUGUGUAGAGAAGGGGGUGUUGUUUUGAGGGGGGACGCAGUGGAGAGAUCCCUCACGUCAUUUAUUUAUCCUGAGUUCUACUUCCUGUUCAGGUGUCGUUUGAUAUAAUCACAAAGACUAACCGUGUGUGUGUAAAGGACUCAACUAACUCACUGUGUCUCUCUGCUUUCUAACUAUGAACAUGGUUAACACGCACACGCACUGCUGUACGUGCUCUGAAAACACUACAUUUCUAUGGUCUCCUCACAUGUCUUGGACCCGUAAGUCGUGUUUGGGUUGGUUGUCUUGCCGUGUGCAUCCCGGUCAUGUGCAGAAUAAAAGCAUUUCGUUAUGACAUGAACAAUAGAUGCAAUAGAUUAUACUUUACUGAAUAUUCACGUGUUAAUUGUGUUGAUUUUUGGGGCCGUUUUGUCUCUUAUUUUCUCGCAUUGAGGACUUUUGGCUUCUUUGUAAAGUUUUUUGGGGAUUUAGUCUGUAAUGCCAUCACAGGUAUUACUAAGUUUAUUAUUUACACAUUAUUUUGAAUUCUGUAUCUCUCAUUCUCAGUUGUGUUUUGUUUGCCAUAUUAUGAUUACAGUGUGGUAGAAAUAAAAAUAUAUAUAAUUCAACCAAA